AUGGCAGACAUUGAGAAUCGACGUGACUACAGGAGUGGCGGAGGAGGUGGAGGAGGCGGUGGACGAUUCAACAAGCGGAAGCGCAGAGACGACGACGAUUUUGACCAACGCGACCGGAACCAGCGUCAGCGACAGGAGCCACCUCCGGGGACUAGAAUUCGCCGGGGUCUGCUCGAGAUCGCUGAGGACCAUGGCCGCCUACCACACGAAGUCGCGGCCAACCUCGCCAAGUUGACGGCUGAGAACUACGAGGAUGAAUAUGUCAAAGAUACCUUCAACACACUCACACUGAAGCUCGUACUGGAACAGCCAUUCAAGAUCCCGUUCGUCGCGGCGGUUGUGUUGUAUGGCAAUGUCGAGAGUUCAAGCGUGGCGCAGGACGUGAUCAAGGGCAUUGGACAGCACUUGCAAGAGGCACUCGAGGCAGGGCAGUGGAGAGAAUUCAAAUUGCUACUGCGAUUCUUGGCUUGCUUGAGCCCGCUGUUCGAAGAGGAUGGCGUUAUGCCCAUCCUGGACGAGCUGUUCAACCGCGCCGUGGACUUGCAGACCGCUUCAUCUGAAGAUGCCGUCGGUAUCGAACUUGUCAAAAUCAUACUCCUGACCAUUCCAUAUCUCCUCGCAGCCUCAUCCGACACAGCCCUGCAGCAAAAAGCAUCGGAACUAUUGGAGAAGACCGAGAUUGUGGCAUCGUCUUCGCACCCGCUUGAGUCGCUGGUUGAUCCAUAUCCGACCGAGAACGAGCAGGAACCCAGGGCGAUGAUCUGCGCCAGUGUGAUAUCACUCCUGCAGUCUCAGCUUACCGAUGAAGCCAACUCUGGGUGGAAGCUGGUAUGCAUUCCCCGAGUCUACGAUCCAACCUUCAAGACAACGGUCAAGAUCGAGACCGCCGAGGGCGAGGCUGUUGGCGAAGAGGUAAACGGCAAUGGUGAAGCGCAUGUGUUUACAAAGCACGCGUUCCCAGCGAUCGAGGUUCCAUCUCCAGUCAAUUCGGGACCGAAGCCUUUCCUCCCAGAGGUCUACUUCUCUCUCUUCGCCGACCAGGACAUUGAGUCUGUACCACCCACGACAAACGUCGCAUCAUCCCUACUCCGUGAUACAAUCACCGAUACAAUCAACAUACUCGACUUCAACCGAAACGCCGUCGCCAAAUUCCUCAACGAGAUCGAUUGCUUCUGGGCACAAGACACGUUUGUGAAGCGAUCGACGACGUUCGACAAGCUGCGAGAUCUAGGACCUGGAAGACCGACGUGGAAACCAGAAGAUGUCAUCAUCGAUGCCAUAUUCUCACAGAUCUUCCAAUUGCCCAGUCCGGAGCAUCGCCUUGUGUACUAUCACUCUCUCAUCACAGAGUCAUGCAAGAUUUCUCCUGGGGCCAUUGCGCCCAGUCUCGGACGUGCGAUCCGUUUCCUGUUCAGACACAUUGAUCAAAUGGACAUGGAGCUUUCGUAUCGUUUCAUGGACUGGUUUGCCCAUCAUCUGAGCAACUUCGAGUUUCGGUGGAAGUGGACUGAGUGGGUUCCUGAAGUUGAGCUUUCAAACUUGGAUCCAAAGAAAGCGUUCAUCAAUGGUGUUCUCGACAAGGAGAUACGCUUGUCAUUCGCCAAGCGCAUUCGMGAGACGCUCCCCGAACCCUACCACAAGCUGGUACCAGCCAGCAAGGAGAAUGACAUACCGGAGUACAAGUUCGCCAAUGAUCAGACCCCGUACGCCAAGGAAGGCCGCGAGGUGCUAGCGCUGUUGAAGAAAAAGGCGCCCGAGGAAGAGAUCCAAAAGGUUCUGGACUCUGUUCACGUGCAAGCAGCUGAGAUGGGCGGCGGCGACCCUCUGGUUCCAAGCACCGACAUCUACGUGACUGCAAUCCUCAGCAUUGGCUCCAAGUCGUUGUCGCACGUCCUCUCCACGAUUGAUCGUUGCAAGGAGCGUCUUCUCGAGAUCGGACAGCGAUCAGAGCCUGCUCGUCGCCAGAUUGUGGCUUCCGUCCUCGACUUCUGGGCGGAUCAGCCYGGAACCGCCGUCAACAUUGUUGACAAACUGCUCAACUACACCAUCAUCACACCAAUGGCGGUCAUUCAACUGGCAAUGCAGGAUCGCAUGAACCGUGGUCACGCUCUGGCAUCCUCACAGAUCUAUGAGAUGGUCUCAAUCACCAUGUACAAGGUCACGAAUCGUGUUCGUCAGGUGCUGCGGGAGCGGAACAACCCCAAAGUGCCGUUCGAGCAGCGUGUCCAAAUCGACGAAGCCUUACCCAGAGAGCGCCAAGGCAUGAGGGCACUCUUUGAUACCAUUGAAGAUGCAGUAUCUGCAGUCGCCAAUGGCUCACAGGACGAAAUGAUGGAACGCUUCGAUGGUGACAGUACUGAGCGUGAUCUGAUCAUGCUUUGGGGUGCCCGUUGGGCCAGAGUCUGGCGCCGGAAGAGGGCAAUCGAAGAAUCUGCUGUAGGCGAGGCAGCUGCUGGCGAGCUCAUAGAGCCACCUGCAGAAGAGCCUGUCCAGGAGGAAGUCGAAGAUGACAUGGACGACACUGAUCAAGUAGUCUAG